AGGAACUGAAGAUGUUUCUAUAAAAAUGUCUUCUUUUUUGUUGUCUUCUGAAACUUUUCAUUCUCACCAUAAGUCUCAACAUCUAAGUCCCUCCCUUGGCUCUUAUCGAGGUGGUUCUCUUCCAAAUGUUAACCAGAUUGGGAACAACAGCAUUGACCUUCAGGGUGCUUUGAUAAGCCUUGAGGACAUGAAGCAAGGCAGAGAUCACUCUGUAUCUGACAGAAUGCACAGGGAACGAGGCCGGCAAGGAUCACCACAUCGGGCAAGACAGUUUCCGUUUGAAAAACAUAUAGAUGUUUCACCAUAUGGAUUAGCUGCUUAUCUUUCUCCUCCUUCAGACACUAACUGGAGAAGAACAAACUCAGAUUCUGCGUUACACCAAAGUGCAACAAACCCCCAAGAAAACUUUUACGUACUUAAUACAUCACCAGCGAGACGAGUCCAUGACAUGGAUAGUGGUGUUAUACACAAUAGCUAUAAUAAUCAUUUGAAGGAGUACUGGGACGUCAGAAAGCUACCGCAACAGGAGGGAGGAUUAUCUCCACCGUCACCUCAUGCACGCCCCAAAUCAUGUGAAGUUCCUGAUAUCAA